AUGGAGGCUCCUGAAUACCUGGACCUGGAUGAGAUCGACUUCUCUGAUGAUCCAGUGUAUUCUGUGUCGUGUCUGAAGAACGUCCCAGAUCUGUCCAGAAGGAGCGAUGGUCCGGCAGAGGAGAGACCAGCUCCGGCCAUCAACUGGAGUCGGGGCGUGUCCUCCCACGGCGGCGGAGGAAUCAAACCCACGGGCCUCGCUGACGUGCACAGUAAGUUCCGUCCGGUGAAGCGGGUCUCUCCUCUCAAACACCAACCUGAGACCCCAGACUCGGACCCGGACGGGAAAGUCCAGAACCAGGGGCAGGUUCUGGGGGAGCAGAGUGAGGUUGGUAAGAUCGAGCCCGGUUCUGACAAGCAGAUCCACGCCUCCUCGGCCGCCGCCGGGUCCGGAGGGAAGGCGAACGGCGGCGGGAACAACCCGCAGGUUCUGUUCGGAGAACUGGAACACUAUGACCUGGACAUGGACGAGAUCCUGGACGUGCCUUAUAUCAAGUCCAGUCAGCAGAUGUCCACGCUGCCUCGGGUCCCCCACGACAAGCGCCCGGUGCUGGGGGGUUCUGUGGGGGGAGGAACCCUGGAGCGGACCCGGGCCGGGGGACUGAAGAACUCGGCUCUAGUCCAUACGGAGCCUCUGAGCCUGGGCAGCGGCGCCGCGCAGCCUCCGUUCUGUGUUCUGUCCCCGGUGAAGUGGUCCGACCUGAGGAAGUCCAAGUCCGUGGAUCCAGACCUCCAUCACCUGCACCGCUCCCCAGGUGGAGGUGGUUUCCAGCCGGAGCUGAUCUCCUCAGGCCUCCUCAGCUGCUCCUCGUCCCUCUCGUCUUUCACUGAUGCAGACAAGCUGCUGUCGGCUCGAGUCUUCCCGGAUUCCCAGAACCAGAGACCGGGCGGGGAGCCUCCUGGGCUGAUGUUCCCCCUGCCGGGGUGCGGCGCCAGCCGGCCGGACGGCUCCAAACCCUGCUGGACUCCUGCAGCAGGAGGCUCCAGGGGGUUUGGAGGAGUAGGUGGGGAGGUGGAUGAGGAGACCAAGAAGAACCAGAACAUCAUCAACAUUGUGAGAGAAGGGCAGAUCUCCCUGCUGCCUCACCUGGCGGCCGACAACCUGGAGCUGAUCAGAGACGAGGACGGGAACAACCUGCUGCACGUGGCCUCCUCCCAGGGUCACGCCGACUGCCUGCAGCACCUCACCUCUCUGAUGGGGGAGGACGGCCUCAACGAGCGCAACAACCAGCAGCUCACCCCCGCUGGUCUGGGGGUGAAGAACGGACAUCUGGAGUGUGUUCGCUGGAUGGUGAGCGAGACGGAGGCCAUCGCUGAGCUGAGCUGCAGCCGAGAACAUCCCAGUCUGAUCCACUACGCAGCUCGUUACGGACAGGAGAAAGUGCUGCUGUGGCUGCUGCAGUUCAUGCAGGAACAGGGCAUCUCGUUGGACGAGGUGGAGCAGAAUGGAAACACGGCGGUUCAUGUAGCCGCUCAGUACGGACACCUCACCUGCAUACAGACUCUGGUGGAGUACGGGUCCAAUGUGACGGUCCAGAACCAGCAGGGGGAGCGGGCGUCCCAGAGUGCCGAGCGGCAGGGCCACACCACGUGCACGCGCUACCUGGUGGUUGUAGAAACGUGCAUGUCUCUGGCCUCGCAGGUCGUUAAACUCACCAAACAGCUCAACGAGCAGGCAGCAGACAGGACGACCCUGCAGAGGCAGCUGCAGAGACUGAUGGACCCCAACAAGACGGAGGGGACGCCGUCCAGGUCGCCCAGCUCCCAUCAGCCCUCGGUGGAGGCGUGGUCAGAGAUGAUGCUGACGGCGGAGGGGACUCCCGCAGACGGUCAGUGGUUGGUCCGUCAGGGUGGGGUGGGGCCCGACUCGGUGCUGCGGCAGCUCCUGGGGAAGGACACGUCUGAGCUGGUCUGUCCCAGAGACAGACUCCCUCCUGGGCAGAGCAGAGAGGGGCCCGGGGCCCCCGGGGGCCACAGAACAGGGCUGUUGGAGCGGAGGGAGCUGAAACUGGCGAGACUCAAACAGAUCAUGCAGCGCUCGCUGAGUGAGUCGGAUUCAGACAGUUAUCCACCUGAGGAGGGCAAAAACCAGGGAGCUCCGCCCCAAAACACUCUGCGCCCUGAUAGGCCGUCCCACCUGCCAAUCACAGAGGAGGAGCCAGUAUCAAACCACCUCCAUGUGAUGAUGAAGAAGCGCCUCCCCACCUCGUCCUCCUCAGCUGAGAAGAAGCAGGCCUUUUCUCUCAGCGGGUCCAAGUCGGUGGACAGCAUCGGUUACAACCCCUCCCCCACAUCCAGCGACCCCGAGGCUGCAGACAAAACCCCGGAGACCCCCGCCGACGGACAGAAGGUCGCAACCAGCCCCAAGAGCGCCCUGAAGUCCCCCUCGUCCCGCAGGAAGACGUCCCAGACCCUGAAACUGAGGGUCACCUUCGACGAGCAGGUCCACAAGAGCUCCAGCCAGGAGGCAGAACCGGGCAGAGCCCCCCCGGGGAAGGACCGGACUCCGAGCGGGGGCUCCGAGGGCAGGAGGCCGUUCGGAACGUUCCGCUCCAUCAUGGAGACGCUGAGCGGGAACUCGAACCACAACAACAACAGCAGCGGCCAUUCAGGGUCCGGCGUGAAACCGCCCCCCUGUCAGAACUCACCUGGCAGGAAGUCCGAGAGUAAAAACAGCCCAGGGGGCGGAGCCAGAGGCAAGAGCAAAGUCAGUAACGUUUAACCAGCCGGUGCCUUCUGAGCAGCAGAGAAAAGUCACGACUACCAGGCAGAGAGCACCAGAACCUGCUUCAAAUCUGUUCCAACGUCGUCUUCACUUGGGUCAGAACUUUCCCUCAACUUUAAGUUCUUGUUUCAGUUCUCAGGUUCCUAAAAGUCAGAAAUCCAUUUAAGUCUUUUCCAGAGCAAGUCGGGGAAAAAUCACAACAACGUAAGAGAAACGUUUCACGAUAAAUUCACAAAACAUGAAGGAACUCACCAGAAUGUCCCUUUUUGUUCACCUUCCUGUGACGUUUGGACUCCAGGAGUCUGAACGAACACGUGCACAUGAUUCUUCCUGAGGAACGUCGACAAAACGCAACGAGUCCAGACGUGUUCAGGUCUGUCAAAGACACGAGGAGACCAGCAUUUUAUUAUUUAGCAUUAUUUAACAUUUCAGCUUCUUUUUCUUUUAAGAUUUCUUCAUCACUUCCAACUAGACCUGUCGCGAUAAAUCAAUUAAUCAAUUAAUCUCAUGAUAAAUGGAAAUGAUCAGCCUCAUUUUCAUUCAUCAGCUUUAUUGUUUCUUCGUGUCUCUCUUUCUACUGAAGACACUG